AUGAAGUGCUUCAAAACACUUCUAGCCUCUACGUGGGGUUUUCCCACCAUAAUUCUCCAUUUAUUUGGAUUUUUCUCCAUGAUGAAACCAUCAGAUCCAUUUUUUGUACCUUAUUUGUUGGGACCAGAUAAAAAUUUGAGCCUCAGCAUGAUGACAGAUGAGAUCUUCCCCGUUUGGACGUACUCCUACCUGGUGCUGCUGCUGCCUGUGUUUGUCCUCACCGAUUACGUCCGCUACAAGCCGGUCAUCAUCUUGCAAGGCAUUAGUUUCAUCAUUACCUGGCUGCUGCUCUUGUUUGGCCAAGGAGUGAAGACCAUGCAGGUUGUAGAGUUCUUCUACGGGAUGGUGACCGCCACCGAGGUGGCCUACUACGCCUACAUAUACAGCGUGGUCAGCCCCGAGCACUACCAGAGAGUGAGCGGCUACUGCAGGAGAGUCACGCUGGCCGCCUACACAGCAGGGUCCGUGCUGGCCCAACUCUUGGUAUCCCUGGCGAACCUGUUGUACUUUUACCUCCACGUCAUAUCCUUGGCCUCUGUCUCCGUGGCCUUCCUUUUCUCACUUUUUCAACCAAUGCCUAAGAAAAGCAUGUUUUUUCAUACAAAACCCAAAACAGAAACUCCUCAGAAGCCACCGGGAGAGGAUGCCAUCUUAGAGGGAUCUCACAAGGAUCACAAAGCAGUUCACGGAAUUAUCCACUGUUUCAGGGGACCUGGAUGCCAGCAGUGGGGCACCCCAAAGCCAAGCAAUGUGACUUUGAGAGAUUUCGUGCAGUGGUCCCGGGAUUUGCGGGAGUGCUAUGCCUCAAAGCAUCUUUUUUACUGGCCCCUGUGGUGGGCUUUUUCCACAGCAGGUUUUCACCAGAUGUUAAACUAUGUUCAAAUCCUAUGGGAUUACAAGGCACCAUCUCAAAGUUUCACAAUAUAUAAUGGAGCAGUAGAAGCCCUUGAAACCUUUGGGGGCCAUGGCAGCCUUCACAGUGGCUACAUCAAAGUCAACUGGGAUCUUCUGGGUGAGUUAUCCUUGGUGAUCUUCUCAGGAGCAGAUGCAGGUUCUCUAUUUCUCAUGCAUUUCACAACUAAUAUUUGGGUGUGCUAUGCUGGUCUCUUGAUAUUCAAGUCAAGUUUUAUGUUCCUUACAACCAUAGCUGUAUUUCAGAUUGGAGUUAAUCUGAGCAUGGAAGACUAUGCCCUGGCAUUUGGAAUUAAACCCUUCAUUGCCUUGAUGAUUCAACCCAUCAUGACUAUGACUGUGGUUGACAACCAAGGGCUGGGGCUUCCCUUUGACAUACAGCACAAAGCAAGGCCCUUGCCAAAAGCCAGCCAGAUUCUGCCCCCUGAUCUUGGACCUCCCAGCUUCCAGAACUUGCUGAGUCCAUCUGAGAAACUAGAGCCUUGGGACCCAGGGAUGAGGAAACUUACCGUACAGACAUGCGUGCUGACCUGCCCUGCGGGCCACGGCCUCUGCCAUGCAACUGCCCAAGCUUCAGCCGAAACUCUCUCUGGCACCGCCCUAACCAGACCAAGUGUGAGGGAGGGAGCACAAAAGUCCACAGAGAACAAGAAGCCACCAGUUUCAGUGCUCUGAAGUCAUUCUAGAUGGUUUCAGGGGAAACUAGCUUCCCACCUCUGAUAGGGAUACCAUGGCAAAUACCACACUUUGCCUAGGAUGAUCAUUCUUUGUGCACGACGCAUCCCAUCCCAAAGACA